AUUUACUUGAAUCAACCUAUCAGGGCCCGAAGGAGCAGCGAAUUGAACUUUUAAUAAGCACUGCACAACAUGGGCUCCAUAACAUAUUUCACGGACUCCCCUCCGAGCCCACCCCCACCCGGACACGUCCUGACCGCCCUCAACAACGUUUCAACUCGCGGCUAUCACUGUCGAGCCCUGCUCCUCCCCUGGCCACACUCCCUCUGCGCAGCCAUUCUCGAGCCGGCCUUGAUCCGCACUCUCCUCCCCGACUUCUCCUUUCUCGCUUCAUGUCAACUCGGUCCCGCCUCGGCCGCUUCUUCAACCAUUUCUGAUCACAAUGCCAUCGACACUCCUGACCCUGAUCCAUAUACCAAUGCUAGUAGACCCCCUCAUCACUCCUCCAACCCCAACACCAACCGGAACUUUGCCUUGCAACGUCUCAGCAGCCUUACACAAGGCGACAUGGUGUACCUGUACUUUGAAGGCGGGAGAGACCCAAGUCACCUCCUCCGUCCCGGUCCCAAUCCGCUCGUGCGUCUUCCAGAGGAGCGAUACAAUCCUGACGGUGAUGACGAGGAUGCAUACACCGCCGCCGCCGCCGCCGCCCACAGACUCAUGCAACUCUACCACCGCUUCCCAAUCCAGCAGACCCCAGAAGACGCCGUCCGUCAGUUGAUCACCCACCAUGAAGAGCACAGGUUGGAAAUGUCUUUUGAGGAACUACUAAUCCAGGGCCCCUAUUAUCCGUUCCGCGUUCCUGACAUUUGUUUUCGAAUUCCUCUCCCUCUCGACGGCCGAAUGGAUUUUUCUUCCAGACAUGGACCACCACCACCACCUCGUCAUUCUCGGUUAAUACUAGAUGCCAUGACCGUCCAGCGCAGUAGGCUUCUUGGAGGAGGGGGAGGAGAAUUCUCAUCAUCAUCAUCAUCAUCGGACACAACGGGAAUGGUCCUGGGGAUUGCGAUACACCAGGCUGUGGCAGAUGCGGCAGACGUUGAAGUCAUCAUGUCAAGGCUGAGGAGGGAGCUUUUGAGAGAGGUGGUUGUUGGAUUUGAACACGAAUGAAUGGGACAUGCUUCGCUGAGCAAGGCCAUUUGGUCGAGCGAAAUCAGAGAGGCAGGGAAUGAAGGAAUUGGAAAGGCAGUGCCAGAUCAUUGAGUGUUCCGCCAACUAGGUAGAAGUUGCAGCCAAAUGGCACUCACUGUAAGCUCAAAGCUUCAA